AUGGAUUGUGAAGCUAGUGUUGUGCACAAUCUCUUGGAACGCAUGAUAGUUGAUGAAAGCAUAGAGCCGCCAGGUCUGCCAUUAGCACUUCUGAAAGCCAUCACCAAUAAUUUCUCAGACAAUCAGCAAAUUGGCAAAGGGGGUUUUGCAGUUGUUUACAAGGGACAGCUUCAGGGUGGCACAGUUGCUGUGAAAAGACUGUCCCCAGAACUUGAUAUGGACGAGAAGAACUUCAACCAUGAGAUUAGCAGUCUCAUAAAGGUACUUGAAAGUUGGAGUAAUAGGUUCGAAACAUUAAAUCAAGACACAGAACUGAGCCAGGUAAGGGUAUGCGCCAAGAUAGGGGUAGAGUGCAGUGACUUUAACCCAGCGAAGAGACCAGAUACACAGUAUAUAAUUGAGACACUUUAUGAAAUGGAGCAGACAUAUGGUUUUAUUGAAACCGACCUCUGUACUUCAUCAGCAACACAUCCAUUCAAUGACGGCAUGACAAAUGAUGCAUUCCAAGGCAGCACUUGCAAGGAUGAUACACAAUGUGGUCCUGUCAACCCCCAGUCUCAUGGACCUAAGUACAAUCUCAAGUUGUACAUGCACCAAACCAUGGAUGGACCAAACCAUAACCAAGUAAACAUAGCAGAUCCACAGCAGCCACAUAUGUUUGGUUACACCAAUGUUCAUGACUAUCCCAUAUAUGAUGGUCUUGGACCUAGUGCAAAGAUUGUUGCACGUGCACAAGGCCUGCAUACAGAGACUUGUAUGGACGACGAUGACUGGUUCCAUUGGAGCAGCAUAGUGUUUAGCAAUGAAAGGUUUGGGGGGUCCAGUUUUAAGGCAAUAGGAAAUCAAAAUAAACUCCAAGGCGAAUGGGCUAUUGUUGGUGGGACUGGAGUGUUUACUUUUGCAGAGGGCACGAUAUCUAUCAACAGAAUCGAAGAAGGAGGUGGGUUCACAACCAUCUAUGGAAUUCAAAUCAGUGCACUUUGCCACACAACACAGACGACUGAUACAGAGGCUUCCAACGAUGGACCUAAUUACAGUCUCAUUUUGUACAUGCACCAAACCGUCGAGGGACCCAAUCAUAACCAAGUAAAUAUAGCAGAUCCAAAGCAACCUCAAAUGUUUGGUUACACUAAUGUUCAUGACUACCCAAUAUAUGAUGGUCUUGCCCCCAGCGCAAAGAUUGUUGCUCGUGCACAAGGACUACAUACUGAGACAAAUAUGAACGACGAUGACUGGUUCCACUGGAGCAGCAUAGUGUUUAGCGAUGAAAGAUUCCAGGGAUCCAGUUUCAAGGCAAUAGGAAAUCAGAAUAAGGUCGAUGGCGACUGGGCUAUUGUUGGUGGAACUGGAAUGUUCACUUUUGCACAGGGUAAUAUUUCCAUCCGAAGAAUACACGGCGAUUGGUGCUCAAACAUCAAGGAGAUUCGUAUCAGUGCAUUUUGCUGCACGCCACAGAACAUUCCAACUGAUACAAAGCUUUUCAGGGCUAAUGCUAUAAGUCCUGUCACCACACAGUCCCUUGAGUAUAAUCGGAACUUGUACAUGCACCAGACCAUCGAUGGACCAAACCACAACCAAGUAAAUAUAGCAGAUCCAAAGCAGCCUCUUUUGUUUGGUUACACCAAUGUUCAUGACUACCCCAUAUAUGAUGGUCUUGGCCCCAGUGCAAAGAUUGUUGCACGUGCACAGGGCCUGCAUACUGAGACUUGUAUGGACGACGAUGACUGGUUCCACUGGAGCAGCAUAGUUUUUACCGAUAAAAGGUUCGAGGGGUCUAGUUUUAAGGCGAUGGGAAAUCAAAAUAAGGUUCAAGGUGAAUGGGCUAUUGUCGGAGGAACUGGUGUGUUUACUUUUGCACGGGGCACUAUCUCCAUAUAUAGAAUCCAAGGAGAUGGGUUCUCAAACAUCAAGGAAAUUCGAAUCAGUGCAUUUUGCCCCAAAAUAGGCCAGCAGUAUUACUGA